AUGAUAGCCCACGAGGACGGUAUCUGGAGCGUCGCUUGGUCAUCGAAGAAUACGCUUGUGACAGGUUCACUCGACAACACCGUCAAGGUCUGGGAUGCCGAGAACGGAGAACUGAAGAGGACUUUGACAGGACACCAACUUGGUGUCAACUCUGUAGAUACCAACGCCGACGGAACAUUGGCCGUUUCAACAUCUCUGGAUAGUCAGAUCAGGAUCUGGGAUUUAGAUCAGCUCAAGCAACAGAAGAUCAUCGACGCUGGCUCAGUGCAAGCAUGGACAGCCAAGUUCUCGCCAGACUCGAAGCACAUCGCCACAGGGUCGUCAUCCGGAGAUAUCAACCAGUACAGCGUAGAAACUGGAGAGAAGGUGCAGACGUUCGAAGGACGGGGCAAGUUUUCCAUGUGUGUGGCCUACAGUCCUAACGGAGAAUACGUUGCCUGCGGAACUGAGGCUUCUUCUGAUUCAGCAACUGUACUUUUAUUUGAUGUCGCUACCGGCAAGCUACGCUCCACAUUUAAGGGACACGCUAUGACUGUACGAUCGAUCGCUUUCUCUGACGAUUCUACGAAGCUCGUGACUGGAUCGGACGAUAAGAGAAUCAUGAUCCAUGAUGCUGUCCAUGGAGAUACGAUCCGUACACUUUCGGGACAUUCUACUUGGAUAUUGAGCGUUGCAGUCAGCGCUGAUGGUGUCCAUGUUGCAAGUGGAUCAAGCGACAGCAAAGUCAAGUUAUGGGAUUUGGUUGCGGAUCAGUGCAUCGAUACCAUGGACGGACAUAGCGAUCAGGUGUGGGGUCUCGCUUGGAAUAAGCCGGGCAACAAGUUUGCGUCUGUGUCGGACGACAAGGCGAUCAAGUUUUACUCGACUACUUCAGCAUGA